AUGGCAGAUUGUAAUAACACCAAGCUCAAUUAUCAACGCGACGAACUGAACGACCAAAUACUGGCCUUUGAGAUUCGCGGUGUAAAUGUCGAACGGGUCGACCACAACCAGUACGUGUCAAACGCCAAGGUAUUACUCGAGACCCUGAUGAGUGGCAUAGAAGGCGCGCCCCUUAAGUACGCUCAAGACUUGACUGACUACACGAGAUUCUCGUUUCCUAAUAUGAAGCACCAGGAUGAUUUCAUGGCGCUCAACGUGUGGAAUGUGUUCACAUUUUUCCUGGAUGAUUUCCUCGAGAGUCAAACUACUAAACUGGAGUAUUGGGUGAGAAAAUGGGAACAAAACAUAACGGAUGGCCACUCGUCUGGCACAGACUUUUUGGAUCUACUUUUUAACGAAUUGCACGUCAGAAUGAGCAAGGUACUAUCGGGGAAAUUGAUUUCGAUGCAUAAAUCAUGGUACAUGAAAUAUCUGAGUUUCUACGCUGAAACUGAAAAGGUUAAGAUUGGCGAUCGUAUGUACACAUUGGAUGAAUACGAUGCACUCAGGAUCGUCGACUGUGGCUACAUCGUAAUGCAAGUGUUUCUAUACGGAUCUGCCAAAUUUGACCCUGAUGAAUAUCCCGAAAUUGUCACUGAUGACGCGUGGACCAUGUUCAACACGUGGGCGGCGCGACACUUUUAUUACGUGAAUGAUUUGUACUCGAGCAAAAAGGAGAUCUUGUUGCACCAGGGCAAAUACACCUUGAUCUACAUCAUCAUGUGCAAUUAUAAAUGCGACGCCCAGACAGCGGCUGAUAAAUUGGUGACCAUGAUUACCGGGGCGUGGACCAUGGUCAUUAAGGCAUUUAUACUGGUCGACGAUAACACCGCGUUAUAA